ACUAAUUUAACAAAUAUUAAUAUAAAAAAAUUAACCAUUUUUGUCAUGUUUACGCAUAUACAAAUAGAUAAAAUAGAUUAAGUGAUUCAUGUUCAUUUGGUUUCAUAUUAUGCGUUUGAUUAUAUAUAAAAAUUUAAAACCAAAAAAUCCUUCAGUGGGCAUAUGAUAACAACAGUAUUAUUACUCAACAGCUGACUUUAACUUUGAAGUAAAAUAGAACCUCUGAAUAAACAGAAUAGAAAACAGCCUUAUUUAGAAGUAACAAGGUAAAAUUUCGCAAAAUUGAGUAUUGUAAGAACUGAAUGUUUUUGUCAGACCAUAAAAGAAUUAAUGUUGUACUAAACAGUGGUGUGUUUGGGUGAUAAAAUAAGCCUUUAAUAUAAAAAUCGUGAUACUGUGGGGUAUGUAACAAAUAUAAUACAGGUUUACAUUCAAAAAAUUAAUAAUUUACCAUAAUUACUUUAAAACUAUUAAAAAGAUUAACAAAAGGAUUUGCUUAGCUUGAAAGGGAACAUUAUAUAUGUAAUAAAUAUGGUUUCACUAUUAAUCUCAUCAAUAUUUACCAAUCAAGGCAGUGUAAUAACUAGAAACAGUUUUGUCUAGAAUUUUAAUAUUAGAGUAUAGCUAUUACUUUUGCUGGAAUGUCACGUUCACAAGACAUUCUUGGCGUAAUUCGUGGUUUACAAGCAGUGUCAAAAGCUGGAAUUAAAUUACAAGAAGACAAUUUAAAAUUGAUAUUGAAAAAUUCAACUGUAAAAAAUUCAGUGGAAGAAUUAGCUAAUGCUGUUAAACAAGGUCCACAAAAUGUACUUCAAAAUGUAGCUGAUUUAAACAAAGUUGCUAAAGAAGGCACUGAAAGAGUUGUCACCGUUAUUCAAAGUGCUAAACAGUAUUUUGAUUUAUAUUCACCAACUUAUGGGAAAGUUCAAGACCAUCUUACUGGUAGUAACAGAUUUAAAGUCAAAAAUGAUAAUAUCGAUUUGCAAGUAAAAACAGUGGAGCAUUUUCGAAAAGAAUUACGUUCAGAUCCGUCUCCUAGUAGUACAGUAGAAUAUAAAAUUGUUUUGACUCCUAGUGAUAAAAAACUUCUUCAAAAGUUAGAUAGAGAGCAUAGGAAAAAGUUACAAGAACAAGCAAAAUUAAAAGAAAAGAAGUUGAGUAAUUGGAAAAUGCCGAAAGAUCAUGAAGAAGCAGCUAAAGAAAGGUCUGAAGAUAAUGGAUCAUCAUCAAAGGUCAAAGCCAAGCCAAAUCCAAAAUCUAAACAAGCCCUUAGCUCAUCUGCAAAACAAAGAACUGUCCCUUCAUCAAGAAUAGGAAGGAUGUUAUCUUUCGGUUCUUUAGCUGCUGGAUUAGGUCUUGGGACUGCUGCUGAAUUCACGAAAAGAACAUUGGGAAUGAGUGAAAACAACGAUCCGGCAACAUUAUUUUUAACUGAAUCAAAUAUGAACAGAAUAGUAGACACACUUUGUAAAGUUAGAGGUGCUGCUUUAAAAAUUGGACAAAUGUUGAGUAUACAGGAUGAAAGUGUGAUAUCACCUCAGUUAGCUAAAGCAUUGGAAAGGGUGAGACAGUCAGCUGAUUUUAUGCCCAAUAGACAAGUCGAGCAAGUUUUGAGGUCCGAAUUAGGUGACAACUGGCAACACAAAUUGUCCGAAUUUGAAGAGAAACCCUUCGCUGCUGCUUCCAUUGGACAAGUGCAUUGGGCGAGAAGUUUAGAUGGACGCGAAGUUGCAAUGAAAAUUCAAUAUCCGGGAGUGGCAAAGAGCAUAGAGAGUGAUAUCGAUAAUUUGGUUGGCAUUAUGAAGGUAUGGAAUAUUUUUCCUAAGGGUAUGUUUAUUGACAAUAUCGUUACUGUGGCCAAACGAGAACUGGCUUGGGAAGUUGAUUACAUUCGAGAGGCAGAAUGCACCAAAAAGUUCAAAGAAUUACUGAAGCGUUAUCCUGAUUUUUAUGUCCCCGAUAUUAUUGAUGAGCUGUGUGGAAAUAAAUUAGAAAAAUCAGUAAUCGUUUUUCUACAGAUUUGA